AUGUCGCGCGUGCCAAUCAGCGAGGAGCAGGCGCAGCAGAUGCUUAUGAAGCAACAGGCGCAGCAGGAUCGAGUGGAUGCGAUGAAUGAGCAGAGGGAGGGUCUUUUGCGUGCGUUUGUGACGGCGGAGGGGCGCGAGCGGCUGAAGCGGAUUGAACAGGUGAAGGUGGAGCGGGCGCAGGCCGUUGAGAGUUACAUCAUCCAGUCGGUGCGCCAGGGGAAGCUGCAGCCACCCGUGACGGACGAGACGGUACGUGAGAUUCUUUCGCAGUUGGCAUCGCAGGGGGUGGAGGCGAAGAGCAGCAUCACAUUUGCGAGGAAGCGAAUGGAUGACGACUGGUAG